AAAUCGUGAACUAAACGUUACUGAUGACAGUCGAUGUCGAUUGUCGACAGCAGUUUUUCGCGAGAGGCGUUAUAAUUCUUACGUUUUAAGGCUAAAUUAUUGUGAUUAUUAUAAUUCAAAAUGUUAGCCUUGAUUAAUCGUAUCCUUGAUUGGUUCAAAAGCCUGUUCUGGAAAGAAGAGAUGGAGCUCACGUUGGUCGGCUUGCAGUACUCUGGAAAAACAACAUUUGUGAACGUCAUUGCAUCUGGCCAGUUCAGUGAAGAUAUGAUCCCCACCGUUGGCUUCAAUAUGCGCAAAAUCACUAAAGGCAACGUCACUAUCAAGGUGUGGGACAUUGGAGGCCAGCCCAGGUUCCGCUCUAUGUGGGAGAGGUACUGCCGCGGCGUCAACGCUAUAGUAUACAUGGUAGACGCGGCCGACAGCGACAAGAUCGAGGCGUCCCGCAACGAGCUGCACAGUCUGCUCGAGAAGCAGCAGCUCACCGGCAUCCCCGUGCUCGUGCUCGGCAACAAGCGCGACCUGCCGCACGCGCUCGACGAGCACGGACUCAUCGAGCGAAUGAACCUGUCAGCAAUCCAGGACCGCGAGAUCUGCUGCUACUCGAUCUCGUGCAAGGAGAAGGACAACAUCGACAUCACGCUGCAGUGGCUCAUCCAGCACAGCAAGUCCGGCGCCGCGCGCUAGGCUUAGCUCUACACUUAGGUACCGCUAGUAGACCUAGCUCUAGACUAGGUACAGCUAGUAGACUCAGCUCUAGACUAGGUACCGCUAGUAGAAGACCUAGCUCUAGACUAGGUACAGCUAGUAGACUCAGCUCUAGACUAGGUACCGCUAGUAGACCUAGCACUAGACUAGGUACCGCUAGUAGACCUAGCUCUAGACUAGGUACCGCUAGUAGACCUAGCUCUAGACUAGGUACCGCUAGUAGACCUAGCACUAGACUAGGUACCGCUAGUAGACCUAGCUCUAGACUAGGUACCGCUAGUAGCCCUACACCCGUGUAGCACAACACUCGAUCUGAUUUUGAGACCACUUAAGACGAAAGGGGACGUCACGUGACCACUUCUCCGUACAAACGUAGUCCUUAGAUUCUUCUCUGGUAAUACAUUAUAGAAAAUAUUUUUACUUACACGAUUAGUUGUAUAUUAAUAACAGCGAUGGGGCAUCCCUUUGUUUGAUUUUUUCGAUGAUAUAUUGUAAGAGUUAGCUUUUAAAAAUUUGUAUGUAAUUUGUUUUUCGCUCAUAACUCUUAUAAUAAUCAAAAAAUCGAAAAAACUCUAACGAAGGGGCACAGAUAUGCUUAAUAUAUAAUGAAUUGUAUACAUAUAUUUUCCUUACUGCCAAUAUCUAGGGAGGAAAAUGCGGACUAGAUUUUUAUGGAUAAGUACGUUAGACGGGUGGAUCACACAACACAUUAGUACAAUCAAAGAUUCCUUGUUUGUAUAGAAUAAGAUUUGUAAAGUCUAAAAAAAAAUUCGUGUGUCGAUUGUAAAAUUUUAUAUUGGUCAAGUAGAUAGUACGGCGCCAUAUGUUUUUUGGUACCUUCCACCAAAGAGAAUUUGAAAUAGAGGUGGAUUGUCAAAGAAAACUUUGUAGCCACAGUAAAUUUACUGCCAUCUUUCAACACAUGAUUAAAACUUUUAGAACGCCAUUUGACUUUGAUCCUUAUUCUUUCACUGAUAUGUAUUUAAUUUGUUAAAUAUCAAAAAGUGGCGCCAUCCAAUAGAUCAAAGGCUAAAGGUAACGAUGCCGCCACAACCUUUGGGUUAUGCCCGGUAAGAUCGCGCCACUUUUUUAACAAAUUGAACACACAUCAGUGAAAAAAUAACGAUGGCGUUCUAAAAGUUUUAAUCAUGGUUUAAACAUGGCAGUAAAUUUACUGUGGCUGCAAAGUUUUCUUUGACAAUCCACCUCUAUUUCAAAUUGUCUUUGCCUCCACUUAUUUAUUUAAUUAAAUUAAGUUAAUAUUUGACGACCAGAGUUACAGCAUAAAGUGCGGAACUGUACAACAGCGCCAUCUACUGUCAAAUUCGGGCAUGAAUUUUUCUUAGACACAUCUAGGACAAUCAAAGAA